AUGGAACUGUGCACCAAGGGCCUGGGUUCUUCUGUCAACCAGCUGAAAUCACGCGGUAUCAACCUGGCUUGCGUCAGGACUUGUGUCGUUGUGGCAGAGGAAAGGCCAAGAAUCAACCUCACCACGAAACGGGGCAGUCCUCACAGUCUGUGCCUGAUGGAAAGCGGAAAACUCCUUCCUGGCGUAAAAGUGAUCAUCGCAAAUCCCGAGACGAAAGGGCAGUGUGGGGAUUCCCACUUGGGAGAAAUCUGGGUGCAGAGUGGACAUAAUGCUAGCGGGUACUUCACUAUCUACGGGGACGAGAGCGAGUAUGGGGAUCAUUUCAAUGCCAGAUUGGUCACAGGCAACACGGGCGAAGUGUACGCGCGCACCGGCUACCUAGGCUUCCUGCGCCGUCUCGACGACUCUGGCCCCGAACGCGGCACGGGAGCCGGUCCACUCACCGCUGACGAAACGAUCCUCGUACCGUCACGUGACAGCGACGCGGAGUCGAUUGGCUCGGCGCAUCACGUGGCCGCUCUGCCGGCCACGCAAAGCGGAGCGGCGGGAGACGGCGGCCCGCCCGAGCUGCACGACGCCGUGUUCGUCGUUGGCGCGCUCGACGAGACUAUCGUGUUGAGGGGAAUGCGGUAUCAUCCAAUCGACAUCGAGAACAGUGUGUUGAGUGCCGUAUUCACGUGGACCAACCUGCUGGUGGUAGUCGUAGAGCUCGACGGCAACGAGAGCGAAGCGUUAGAUCUCGUCCCCUUAGUAACGAACACGGUACUAGAAGAGCACCACCUGAUCGUAGGAGUGGUAGUAGUGGUGGACCCAGGGGUGGUACCGAUCAAUUCCAGAGGCGAAAAACAACGGAUGCACCUCAGGGACGGAUUCUUAGCUGACCAGUUAGACCCCAUCUACGUCGCGUACAAUAUGUAACGUAGACCAAACGGGAUGGUUAAGAGACGUGGUGUUGGAACUGAUAUGGUUGCGAGAAGUAUGUAACGCAGAGGAUAGGGCAGAAUUUGUGGAUGAUCUUACGGUUUCGUAUAGCAGGCAAGGCUCUAUAUCUAAGCGACCCUUAGCAGUUGAGUGGCGACCUUAAAUAAGCAUCUCAGUCGUUUCUUGAGGCCUCCUUGUUUUUUGCGUCCUAUACGAAAUUUUGCACUUAUUCUAAUAAACGAUUUGAAAACCGAGCAUUCUUGUGGGAAAUUUUCCAACAUGAUUUUAUUUCUAAAAUCGCAUUUGUUGGAUGCCUUUUAACGUUUUUUUGACUCUGAAUAAAAAAGGUCCUUUGUCACCCCCUCUAAAGUUAGCCUUCGAAUUACAGGAGAUUAAUUAAUUGUCAAAACAAAGUUCAAACCCUCCUCUCCAACACCUCGAAGAGUAUUUUUCGCUCGGUUUAUUUUGAAGCAUUGUUUUAACUGUUACUAAUGCUUCAAGGACCACGAGCAUGAUACGGCAAAUUAUUGAAGAUUGAUCAGAAUGAUAAAGAAAAAACGUUUCUGGAGCGAAAAUAAAUGUUUUUGUAAUGUUAAAAAUGAUGAAUAAAAAUAUAGUUGGAAAAUUUGUCACGAGAAUGGUUGAUGAACAGAAACGACCAGAUCUAAAAAAUAUUACAAUUCUUACGCACUGAUAUGAUAUUGAUAAGGGCUAGACGAAACCUUGUUAUUGUGGCUUUUAUAUAACGAUUUUUAAUGACAAAAUUUUAGGUUGAAAAAUGCAGACGCAAAAGAAGUAGAUUUUUUAACCGACGUUUUGAUAUUCGUUUUUUUUGUUGUUGAAUUUUUUUUAAACAAGAACGGACUCAAUCUACUUUGAAAUGCAAAAAAAAAAAUAAUGGAGAAUCCUCAAUUCGUCUUGUGUCAUAUUAUUUUCAGUUAUUUUAAGAUUUUGGAUAUUUCCGUUUGAUUUUUUCUAGAAACGACUCUUUUUAGAAAAAUAUUCUUAUCACAAAAAUAAUAAACAUAUAUUUGACUAUUUCUUAAUCAAUUUUUAUAUGAAACCUCAAUGAAUGCGUACAUAAUAUAAAUCAAAGCAGAGAUCUCAUGAAAAUCUGUGGUUUCAAAAAUAUAAAAAUUUAACCAAGUUGCAUCUCAAUUACUAAUUUAACGAAAAAUGAGGCAACUCUCGGAAAACCAAUUUGAUUUCUUUCAAAUUAUGCUCAAGAAAAAAAAAAUGUAUAUAUGAACAAUCAUAUGUGAGUAGAUUAGCAAUAUUACAUUCUCAGUUGUUUCCAAAAUUGAUAUUAGUCAAAAAAUUAUUUACAGGGACCAAUAACUUUCUACGGGGAGACUGGUUCGUAAACUAAAAAUCAUGUACAAGGGCUUCUUGAACGUUCGUAUCUAAAAUGUGGUGUUCAAUUAUGACAAAUUUCCUUGGAUCGCACAUUUUCCUUGAAAAUGUCAGAACGACAGAAACAACAGAAAAAAAUCAAGCUACUCUUUAUACUGAAUACACAACUACAGUUGUACUAUAUAGGACAACUAUAGUUGUUUGAUGUAAGUCUAGAUUUGGCUCAAUCGUUGGUGUAAUUGAUGUAAAGGCCUAAUACGGCUAUUUGUUCAUUUCGACUUGCUUCUGAGAUAUAGUGCAACGUAAUUUCCAUCUUAUUUUAGUUUUAUACCGAGUCGACUAUUAUUUUCUCAAUUUACGAUGUUUGUAGGGUAUACUUCUUUGCCAUAAUAUCACCUUAAACUUCGUGAUCAUGAGUAGGAGCAAGUGUAACCUCUUUAAUAGUCACACAGAUUGAAAUGAAGUAGCUUUCUCUUGAGACCUCGUAUUUGUGAAUUGGUGACGUUUCCGUAAAUUUUUGACAACAAUAGGGCUGCUAUACAUAAUUUUCAAAAUGUAUUUUGACGCAGGCUCUAUAUGACAUUUUAAUAACGUUCUUUUAUGACGUUUUUGAAACCCCCAAAAAAAUCACAGAGAAAACUUUUUGUAACUUUUACUAUAUGUUUUACUUUUGAAAUACGCGCAAAAAAACUGAAAAUUGUUUUGGAGACUGAACAUUUUGGUGUUUCUCCCCAGCUCGUUUUGGGAUGAACCAUUAUAAAGAAAGUAAUCAACAAAAUUCAAAGCAUAUAACUUGGAAGUUCUUGAUAUUCUGUAUGAUUGCUUAUUUUGACUUGCUAUAAGUUUUUUGGGAGUUUCACAGACUCUGAAUAACAGUACUCUAGUCUCAUUUAAAUGAAUAUAUAUUGGGCUGCUAAGUAUUUUUAUUUGUGAAGGUUGUGUUUCGCCCUUAGUGUUUAAAAUGUCUUAGUUAAUUUUUAUCUCAUGUUUUAUACAGUUGAAUUUUUAAAUUAUAUUCUGUGUAUUUAUGAAAACGUUCUGACGCGGUCAUUCUUCAGUAAAUCUUCGCCGUAAUAUUUUUUGUAAAUACCUAGUAUUUUAUUUGUUAUAAGCAUCAGUCCUUUUUCACACGUUAUUCUCAUCACGCCGAAUGCUUACAAAGUGUUACAUAGCAUAAUGGUAAUUCGUGUAGAGCCCCUUUUAUGUAUUUUGUAGUGAAACAGGACUAAGUGCACAAAAUUCUGUUUAUAUACAGAGUAUGACAAUAGCUUAAUUUUGUUGUACAUAUAAUGUAGCGUAUUAAACCUAGUAACUACACAUUUGAAUAUUCUUUUUUCUUAGUGAUGUAAAAGAAUAACUACGUAAAUUGUGGACACAGUUGCAAAUGAAUAAAUGUAUCUUUAUAA